AUCAACCCCAAGCUCCAUCACAACAUUCCAAGAUGCGCCCACGACUGCCCGCACGAAGAAUACUCUUCCUGCGACCUUUCAGACCGCCCAAUGCUCCUCGCCUCUUCACACAGAACACCCUGACUUCCCGGCCACAACUUCCCUUCCUCUCAACUUCCCGCAGACGACAGACUGCACGAUUCCUCACAACAGAAAGAAAGCAAUGGAUAAAAGAUGAGGUCUGGCUGGCAGGGAAGUAUACAGCAUUCCUCUGGGUCGGAGGUAGCUUACUGCUGGUUAUCGCGUUCGGUGUGCAGCAAGAAUGGCUGGAUCGCAAAUUUCCAUCCCCCAGCGAAUGGUCGUGGGUUACGAGGAAGGAUUUCAGGAGCGCAAAAUGGGACGAAGACCACGAAGGAGUGAACGAUGGCCUCGUGGACUGGGCUCGGACGGGAGAGGCAUAUCGACGACUGCUGCGGCGACUGGAAGAUCCAAAAAUAGAUGGCGCUGGGCUGCAGGAUCAAGACGAGGGAGGGAUUCUGGUGGCAGGAAUUGGAAAGACUGGAUUCGAUAUUUCGAAGAAACCGGAAGCUUGGAGACGUGGGUAUUACGAGGUCUUGAUGGGAGCUGCCAGAGCUGCAGAGCAUCUUGAUGGUUGGGUGCGAGACACAACGAGGAACAUCGCCUUUCCUGCUAAUGUUGUGAUCGGUCUUUCAAAUCCGAACCCGCGUCCGGUUCCUCCUGGUGCUGCAACUGCACCAAGGGAAGAAGACUGUGAGCCAGCGUUCGAAGCUCCGGAAAUAUAUUAUAUGCGGGUUCUCACGACAAGUGGUUUCACGGAGAAGCAGAGAGUGGAUGCUGCACUGGCAUAUGGAGCAUGGUUGGAAUACAAAAAGACACCGGAAACUGCAUUAGAGAUGUACAAAUGGGCAUUGGACAUUGCAACUUCGAGCUCAAUAUCUUCCAAGUCCAUUAUCAAUACCACGACUGGCAUUCUCGACCCAUCUGCCGGAUUACCGUCUUCGAAUCUUCUGUCUGCUGCGACGGCUCUAGCGGUAUACCAUGCUGUCCAUUCCGACCUCUCCAAUGCCCUUCCAAUAUUCCUUUCCAUCCUCCGCGCACGAAAAUCCUUGCCGGAACAGCCUGUGACGAUGCAUUCAACUCUGAACCCGGACGAGGAAAUGGCCGGUUUCUGGAAACGCGCCAUGAAUCUCGUCCACAGCCUUAUGGUCCCCCCAUCAUAUCCACCUCCUCCAGGUGAUGGCACAACACCACCAACACGAAAUCCGAAAGAACGCUGCGAGGAAGCAGGCAUUAUGACAUACAUUGGAGAGAUACUCUACGCCUCAAAGCAAACCAAAGCAAGCAGGGAGGAUGGAUUGGCCUGGACUCGAGAAGCAGUCGAUAUUGCAGAGGAGCAAUUGAGAAGAAAGGGGGUUGACAAGGAUGGUAAAAAUACGUGCAAACAGUGUCUUGAGGUCGGCUUGGGAAACUGGAAGACAAUGGUGUCACAAAUGGCGAAAGAAGAGAAGGAGGCAAAGGCGCAGAAAGCCGGCGGCUGGCUUGGAUUUGGAGGCGAGUCUCAGAAAGAUGUUACUGGGAGAUGGGAGCGUGAGAAGCAGGUUAUCGUUGAGAGGCAGCGGAGGGCCAUGGAUAUUCUUGCAUCUCCUUCACAAGCUCCUCCGAGUAGCUCCUAUUUGCAGGUAUAAGGAGCGUGGGAUUGGGGUUGGCUUUGUGGUUGGGAAAUAUAGGUGUGCAUGAUCUUUCGAAUUGAAUACCCAAUCCUACUCAAGCCAGUUAGUCCUAUCUUCUCUCAGUGACCUUCCCCACUGACGCCGAGUGGCAAUGCGGAAGCCCAUACCCCCAAUACAUUUGACAUCUCCUUGCUUCUUGUUUUCGUGCAUUGGACGUCCCUUUUAUUUCGCUGUCGGUACCGAGUUGCACGCGGCAACCUUAGUCCGGCGGUCUUCUUUCCUUGGUUACCAGUUGGAUUUCCUCGGUGGGGGAGCUGCUUCUCCAACAUCCCUGCAUCCAGGCUUCAUCCAAGCUCAAGUUGAGCCAAGCUGAACAAACUUUCUCGGCGACAGUCGAACCUUCAACGGCUCUUUCUCCACCAAGACAUAUGUUUUCUGCUUCGCCCAAUCGUAGUCUGCCAUCCCUUUCGGCAGACUGAGAUCAAAG